AUGAUUGAUUCUCUAGGCACUAUUAUUAUUACUACAACUAAUUCUACUACUACUACUACUACUACUACUACUACUACUACUACUACUACUACUACUACUACUACUACUACUACUACUACUACUACUACUACUACUACUACUACUACUACUACUACUACUACUACUACUACUACUACUACUACUACUACUACUACUACUACUACUACUACUACUACUACUACUACUACUACUACUACUACUACUACUACUACUACUACUACUACUACUACUACUACUACUACUACUACUACUACUACUACUACUACUACUACUACUACUACUACUACUACUACUACUACUACUACUACUACUACUACUACUACUACUACUACUACUACUACUACUACUACUACUACUACUACUACUACUACUACUACUACUACUACUACUACUACUACUACUACUACUACUACUACUACUACUACUACUACUACUACUACUACUACUACUACUACUACUACUACUACUACUACUACUACUACUACUACUACUACUACUACUACUACUACUACUACUACUACUACUACUACUACUACUACUACUACUACUACUACUACUACUACUACUACUACUACUACUACUACUACUACUACUACUACUACUACUACUACUACUACUACUACUACUACUACUACUACUACUACUACUACUACUACUACUACUACUACUACUACUACUACUACUACUACUACUACUACUACUACUACUACUACUACUACUACUACUACUACUACUACUACUACUACUACUACUACUACUACUACUACUACUACUACUACUACUACCAACGAUACCGUUUCUACUAAAAAUAAUGAUGCUGAAUUCAAACUAAUUAAGUUUACUUACAAAUAUACCUUUCACUUAGGUGAUUUAAACUUGCACGUGGAAUAG